GCCAGAGUGUGCUGAUAUCAACCAAGGAACAUUCAAAUAAUAUUCUUAAUAUUAACAGUAUAAAAGUAGGAGGAAAAUUGCAUUGAAUUGCCAACAGCCCGUUCAAGGUCCCCAACGUAUUAUUUCGGAGGACGUACCUCAAUAAAGCAAGAAAUUUCACUUAUUUAGCGAUUGCAAUGCUUGAAUCCAAGGAUCUCAUCUGGGCAUUCAUUUUAUUUGGCACUGCAGUUUCUCUGCAGGUGGACAUCAGGCCUGCCCAAGCUGAGAUCAGUGUUGGAGAGUCCAAGUUCUUUCUGUGUGAAGUGGUUGGCGACGCAAAGGAAAUCGACUGGUACUGGCCGAGCGGGGAGAAGAUCCUGCCCAACCGGCAGGAUGUCAGCGUCACCCGAAAUGACGAGUCGUCCUCCACGCUCAUCAUCUACAACGCCGGCAUCGACAACGCCGGCGUCUACAAGUGCGUGGCCCGCAACGGCGACCAGGACUCUGAGGCCACCAUCAACCUGAGGAUAUACCAAAAACUGACUUUCACCAGUGCCGAGUCCCCCCAGGAGUUCAACGAAGGAGAAGAUGCCAACAUCGUCUGCGACGUGGUCAGUCUGCCUCCCCCCAGAGUCAUCUGGAAACACAAGGGCGCCAAGAUCCAGACCGCCAAAGAUGUCCGUUUCAAGAUCCUGGCCAACAACCACCUGCAGAUCCGGGGCAUUAAGAAGACGGAUGAGGGGUCGUACACCUGCGAGGGCCUCAUCAUGGCCAGGGGAGAGAUCGCCUUCCGGGUCAUAAAGGUCAUCGUUAAUGUUCAGCCCACCAUCAGGGUCAGGCAGGCAGAAAUGAACGCCACCGCGGACGGUGAACCGCCUGUGACGCUGGCCUGCGACGCCGACGGUUACCCAGAACCCACUGUGACUUGGGCCCGAGAUAAUGUGAUCCUUGAAAGCGGAGACAAAUACAGCUUCAACGAAGAUGGCUCUGAAAUGACCAUCAGGGACACGCAGAAGGUGGACGAGGGGGACUAUGUGUGCAUCGCCAAGAACAAAGCAGGAAGUACUGAGGAGGAAAUCAGCCUGAAAGUGUUUGUGAAGCCCAAAAUCACCUUCCUGGACAACCAGACGGCCUCAGAGCUGGACGAGAUGGUCACGCUGACCUGCGAGGCGACCGGUGACCCCACCCCCAGCAUCGUCUGGAGCUUCGGACGCCGCGUCUUCACCGAAGGAGAGCAGGAACCUGUUAUUGGGAUAUAUCAGGCGUCCUGGACUCGACCCGAGAAACACAAGAGUCUGGACGGGAACGUGGUGGUGCGCAGCGACGCCCGCGUGUCCUCUCUCACCCUGAAAUACGUGCAGUACACGGACGCCGGGGAGUACCUCUGCUCCGCCCGGAACCCCAUCGGCAGCGACGCGCAGUCCGGGCACCUGGAAGUCCGCUACACCCCCAAGAUCACGGGCUGGGUGACUGUGUACACCUGGGACGGAAACGCCGCCAACAUCAGCUGUGAGGUCCUGGCCCACCCCGCCGCGUCCGUGGCCUGGUUCCGCGACGGACAGCAGCUCCCCAACUCCAACGCCACCACCGCCAAGAUCUACAACACGCCCGCUGUCAGCUACCUGGAGGUCACUCCUGAGUCUCAGAACGACUACGGCAGCUACAACUGCACCGCCUCUAACUCCAUCGGCACUGAGUCAAAGGAGUUCCUCCUCAUCCAGGCAGAGGUCCCGUCGGCGCCCUCGGUGGAGCUGGUGGAGCCGUACUCCAGCUCGGCGCUGCUGGAGUUCGAGGAGCCCGAGUCCAGCGGAGGGGUGCCCGUGCUGAAGUACCGGGCCGAGUGGAGGCCCGAGGGGCACGCCAGCUGGGCGCAGAGGGUGUACGACGCCAAGGACGGCGGUUUGAGCCAGAUCAUCGUCGUGGGUCUGAAGCCCAACACCAAGUACGAGGUCAAGAUGUCCGCCAUCAACGGCAAGGGCGAGGGCGAGAGCAGCGAACUGGCCACGUUCAAGACCGAGCCCGUCCGGGAACCCAACCCCCCUAAACUGGAAGGUCAGCUGCGGGCCAGAGGCAACGCCCUCAAGGUCCUCUGGAUCAAACAGGAUGACGGGGGCUCACCUAUCAAACACUACCUGGUCAGAUACAAGACUAAGGACGGUGUGGAAUGGAAGCCGGAGCUUCGGCUGCCGAGCAGCAGCUUGUACGUGGUGCUGAGUGAGCUGGACUGGGACACGGAGUACGAGGUGUACGUGGUGGCCGAAAACGUGCAGGGCAAGUCUCAGCCGGGCGUGCUGAGCUUCAGGACCUCCCCCGAGCCCACGGCCAUCCCAGACACAGACCCCUCUGGAUUCGGCAUGGGAGCCAUCGCAGGGAUCCUUAUCGUGGUCUUUGUGCUGCUCCUGGUGGCCGUGGACAUCACCUGCUUCUUCCUGAACAAGUGCGGCCUCCUCAUGUGCAUCUCCGUCAACAUCUGCGGCAAGACGGGCCCCGGGGCCAAGGCUAAGGACAUGGAGGAGGGCAAGGCGGCCUUCACGGCGGACGAGUCGAAGGAGCCCAUCGUUGAGGUGCGGACGGAAGAGGAGUGCACCCCCAACCACGACGGAGGCUGCCAGGGCGAGCCCAACGAGACCACCCCUCUGACCGAGCCUGAGAAGAGCGCUGUAGAGGAGGAGAGUAAACCUGAGGAAUCGGAGGUGAAGAUGGCCGCAUCAGAAAUAAAGGCUGUCCCGAAAGAGGCCGUGCUAACAAACGCCAAUGAGAGCAAGGCAUGAUGGGGCUGCGAACACCAUGACCGCCACAUCAUCAUCAUCAUCAUCAUCAUCAUCAUCAUCAUCGUCUGCCCAAGCUCCUCCCACUGCAGGACAGAGACCACACCCAGCUUUUUCCACUCAACAUGCACACAAAACGUAUUUCUAAAAAAAAUACAAAAAAAGUUCCUUCGUAUAACGCGAGCUAUCCGAACAAGGAACGAGUCCAGAUUUGUUGAACAAAAUUAGUCCUUAUACACUUAUACUAUAGUUAUUUUUUUCCCAAGUCAUGUACUUUUAAUGCAUACUCGUUGGUGGAAAACUGGACAUUUUCUUUUAGAAGGUUUGUUUGGUUGUUGGAAACCAAAACUGGGCCUAAUAUACAUUUUCUUCGUAAUAGUCUAGGUUACUUCUCUUCCAAAAAUAAAUAAAAUUGUCAUAUUAGCCACAGGGAAUGUAUUUUUUAAAGCAGAAACCUAUGCUUUCACAUUGUGCACAUAAUACACUGCAUUGCUAAGCCUGUUAUAUUUUGUUACAAAGGUUGUCUCAUAUAUACCUGUUUAAAAGUUGAAAGAAGAGUACUAGAGUUAUAUCUUUUCCUAAUUCGUUUUUGGUACGUUUAUUUUGUUAUGGUUAUAGUCUGUGAAAGUAAAUGUUUUAUAUUGAUUUUUUUAUUUCAUUUUUACAGUCUAGAAGUAAAAAUUAGAAAGGGUUUAUUCAUUUUUUUUUCCAUUUUCAGGGGGGUUGCACAGUUGUAUUCUGUGCCAGUUUAUGUUUAAGAACACAGCUUGAAUUAAUGCGAACCUAAGAACAAAAUGGUGGAAACAGUUGAUGACAGAGAAAUGCAAGUGGGGAGGGGGAAUUCAGUAGGAAAUGUCAUAAGUGAUUUUUAUUUUAUUUUUGCACAUCUUAAGAUCAGUCCACCAUUUCUGUACCUUUUCAUUCGCCCAUCUCAUUCGUGAGAGAAGAUUUGGAAGGAUGGCAUUUGAAUCCUACGCACAUGGAUGGAUAGCAUCCCUGCCAUGUUUGCUGUAGAUGAAUCAUAGGGGAGGGGUAGAAAUGGUCACCUAAUGCUACAGGCUGAGUCUGUACACCAAAAUAGGCCUUUAAAACCUGCAGCUGAGGACGCUACGAUCAUUAACCACUUUUAAGCCAUGGAAGAUCAGUCCCCAUUUAUUCUAACUUGUUUACUCAAAGAGAAUUUGAAACAAAUAGGCCAUGACUCAAGAAUUCCUUGAGUCAUCAGAAAUGCUUUUUGUCAGCUAGCUUUUCCAUCUGAAAUACGUGGUUUCGGGGAUGGCAGGAUUUAAAUUAUGCACAAGGUUUCUUUUGUUUGUUUGCUUUUUUUACACUGUAUAAAGAAAUAUGAACAACUGAAUGACUUUAUUUAAACCAUAGUGCUCACGUGGGGUUGUAAUCAAAAUCUUGUUUUUGUUUUUUUGUACAGUUCCCUUACUAAAAAAUGUUUGCUUUUCAUUCCAUUUACUGCAAGCUUGUGCAUCGUGAAUGCGUGAUAUCCUGGUGUGAAUUAAAAAAAAAUUAAAAAAGCUUUGACAUAAUAGUCGGGCAGGGGAACAGAUUUGGAUUAAAUAUCUACAUAGUUUGUUCGUGAAACAUUUAGCAAACGUUUUUUAAAAUUCAUUUAAGUAUGAAGCAAAAAAUAGACAAUUAGUGAACCAGAAACUGAAAACUGCCUUGAAAACCCUCCUACCCUGGCAUGCAUUCCGUGUGCUUCAGCGUCCGACCAGGGCCAGCUGCAGAUCUGUCUGUCCGCAUCCAAGAACACAUACUGUAUAAUAGAGGACGUCAGCGAGGGCGAGCAAACUGCAAAAAAAAAAAAAAGAAAUAAUAAAAAAAAUAUGAAGAUAUAUAUAUGUACAUAUGCUAUAUGCCAGUCUUGUCAUUACGCUAAUUGUGAAUUUCGCAUAUGUUAACGCUUUUUGGGAGGAAGGAGGUGGGAAAUGGAGGUUAUGCCAUUCACAUAUUUAACACUAACACCGGCUCAUCCUGUCUACCCAUGUGUGAUGUCACAAGUGUCCCUCUGAAACAGCAGGCGACGAAGGGGCGGGGCUUAAGGCGUCGCUGGUAAUUGGUCGGUUUCAGGCCUUAAUGAAAAGCCACGUUGUGUGAGGGAGUGAAGCUGGCAGGAUUUGGGAGUUCCGCUUUCUACCAGUAGUGGGGGGGUCGACUCUGUGGAACAACGUUCCCGGACGGUUUGUGGCUCCAGUUGAACUACACCCGAGACGUAAGGAAGCUUAGAUGUCCUAUGCACCCCCUGUAAAAACCCACUGCUGUCUACAGGCAGGGUUUCCUGGGCCAACAUCCAUCUGUUUUAGUACAUCACAUCGACCGUGUAGCGGCCAUCCAGUAUCCAACACGCAUUUGCAGAGAUCCAAAAGUGCAUUUUUAAUUGGACAAGCAUUCACUUUACGGAAUCUUGGAUUUACAGUAGAUUGAUACCAGGGGUGUCAAAGUGAAGGCAUUUGUAUUUAACGUUAAGAUCUCCUCUCUGCUUUACUCUUACAUGUAAAACAUUUUAAGGGCCAUCACGUUUUCAUACAUUAGACCACAGUUACUUGUGUUUUUUUGUGUGUUGUCUUUACACUAUUUAGUUUUAAAAAGAGCACACGCUGUUCGAAAAAUUAUGCAAACAACAUAUCAUAUACAUAGUUCACACUGUCCUUCACACAGAAGCUGAAUAUUUCAGCUGUCACUGUGAAUGUUGACCCAGGUGAUUUUAUUUUCUUUUUUAGCUUUUUUGAAGUUAUUCCGAGAAAGAUUUUUUGUUUUAUAAGAGUUAAAACAUAUUGCUGAUAAACCUGAAAUUUUCUGCCAACAUUUCGUAUGUCGAAAUAUUUGAAUGUUUGUAGAAAAGGGAGGGGCUUGAUAUUUUCCUCAGUUUCCAUUAAUGUGGGACCAACCUUUAUGAUUUUGGAGAAGAAAACAUAAUAGUAAAAGUAUGAAAAUAUGUCCAUAAAUGAGAUAUGAGAGGGUUAAAGCCUGUUGUGAUUCAGCACUGAAACGAUCAGCAUUUAAUUUCUCCAGUGUACAAAAGUUUGAGGGCUGUAGAGGCCUUGUAUUUCACCCAGAAGCCUCCAUCCUUUUUCCUACCCACAAUCCCUUGUUUCCGAGACAUCCUAUUCUAUACGACUUUUUACUAUGUGAAACAUUGGUACCACCACUUUCUUUCCAUUGUCACUGGUGUAAAUACUGAUUACUAACCCAAGAAUAUUGACCUUCUGUCAAAAGUACCUGUGUUCAAUAAAAAAUAAAAUAAAAAACAAAAUAAAGUGUUAAAAUGAAAAAAA